AGCGUGUUUGGGCUACGAUGGACGACGCAUGGUGAAGAAAUCGCGCAGAGAGAGAGAGCGAGAGGGAGGGACGAGAGGGAGGGACGAGAGAGAGGGAGAGGGAAGAGAGAGAGAGGCCAUGGGAGUCACAUGUCCCCUCUCUGAACAUAAGGGACUAUCUAAUUUUCUCUCUCUAAAUCCUUAGUUUCGAUAGUCUCUGUAAAUUCGCGAUUGAUAUCUAGGAGCUCGAGCAUUUCUCGUAGUCCUAGCCAUGGAGGACGAUUCUCAGAAACGUAACACAGAUUGUGUUUAUUUCUUGGCCUCUCCUCUCACCUGCAAAAAGGGGAGCGAUUGUGAGUUUCGUCACAGUGAUAGUGCAAGGAUGAACCCUAGGGUUUGCUGGUACUGGUUGAAGGGGAAUUGUCUAAACCCUGCUUGUGCAUUUAGACACCCGCCUUUAGACACAGCACCAGAAACUUCAUCUGAAUCAGCCCCAGCAACUGUUCCAUCGGUACCCGUGAGCAAGAUGAAGUUCCCUUGUUACUUUUUCUUUAACACGUAUUGUGUCAAGGGUGAUAUGUGUCCCUUCAUGCAUGGAACAAAUGGGGUUGCACCUGCUUCAAAGCCAUCAAAGCUGGAUAUUGCAACCACAGAUGCUCAUCCCAUUGAAAACAAGAGUAGCCAUGGAAAUGAUACUGGUAUUCCCAAAGCAGAACAACUAUCUAUUGGUUCAGUUCCAUCUGCCCCAAAUGAGGUUCAGUCGCAACUUACAUCCAAAGGCAUGAUCGAAGAUGAAGCUCCAGUACAAGCCCUUGAGAGAAGCCCUACCCCACAGGUAUUAUCAGAGGGUGAAUCUUACCUGUUAAAGUUUUCAUCUGCUCCUUCUACAACAGUGGGCCUUCUUGAUGGUAAAACUCAUCUUUCCCCUGAUCAUAGUUCAGAGGAUAAUAUAAACAACAAUGUUGAACCAGAGGAGUGGUGUGAGUCCUCACCAGGGUUAGAUGUACUCGUAGAUGAUGGAUCUGAACCCUUGGGUUUUAAUGAAGAUUCUGAGUACGUAAUGGAUUAUGAUGGAGACCUUGGCCAUUUGCUCCGUUACGAGUAUGAUGAGCAAUGCGGUUUCAAAUCCCAUGAUUAUGCUGAUACAGGCAACCCAUUUGGGCUUGCUAUCUAUGACAGCUAUGAUCAUGAGCUAGUGAGAGAGUAUGGUCAUGAUUAUCUUGAAAGAGGGGCCAAAUCCUUCAUGGGUAGGCCAAGGGAGCCAUUACCUUCACAUAGCAAGCGAGCAAUACCAAGAAAUGUUCAUCGGGAGCGUCCAGGUGCCCUAGAUCUUCGAGACCAUCUAAGGAAACGCUCAAGGAAUAAUGGAGGGGGCCAUGUUUCUCGCAAUCCUAGAAGGCAUCACCGCUCAUCUGAUAGGUCAGAUGCUAGGAACAGGCAGCUAUCAAGGCGCAGUGGGGGUUGGGUGCAAGGAAGGUUGGCCUCUGAAGUUGUGAUCAAUAGGACGGAGCCUGAUGAUGAGCUUGGGUCUGGUUCUAAGGGUUCUCGCUAUGAUGGCAUCUCUAGGCAUUCACAGUUGAGGCAUGGUAAGUUUAAGUAUGGGGAGAGAGAAAGAAGAGAGAAAGAAAGAAGAAGGACGCAGGAGAAGUCUUCAAUGCGGUUUUCGGGGUUCCCAAAUAAAUUUCAUGGUCAGGGAGGAGGAAAUAGGGGAUCUGCUCAAGAGUUUAAUGUUUUCCAAGGGCCUAAGACUCUUGCUGAGAUCAAGGAAGAGAAGAGAAGAGCUCAAGGGGGCGAGAAUGGUUCACUGAUUGCUGGACCUAACAGUCGAAAUCCUAGAAGGGGUUUUAGUGGAGAUUUUCAGGGCCCAAAACCACUAAGUGAGAUUCUCAAGAACAAAUAUGGGAAUGGAUCGGUAAAUGAGCAGGAAUAUGAUGUAAAAAAUGGGGAGAACAACAAUGUGGAGAAUUAUAAUGGGGACGAUGCCGAUGGUGAGAUGAUGUAUCGUGGAGAUGUUAACAUCGGGUUGUCGGAAGCUGAUGAUGAGUACAUGGAUGAUGAUGAUGAUGAUGAUUUCUCUAAGAAACUUGGUGGUUUGUAUGCUUAAAGAGGCUUGGCAUCUGUGAUAUUUCUUUUGAGUCUAAUUCCUAAUAUACAGACUGGAUCUUGGGAUAGACACAUUGGACUCUCUCUCUCCACAAUAUACAGAUACCAGCUCAACAAUCUCCAGUGACUACUACUAAUCACACUGAAUUACUUCUUGUAUAUAGAUGCUGAAAUUUUUUAUUAGUUAUGCUGAAGUUGAUAUGAUCAAGGAAUUCAUUGUGCAUAUCUUUUCAUGCUGGCUGUCUCUCACCGUAAAUGGAUUGCUGGCCCUGCUUGUAUCAUUUCUCAUGAGGCUUUCCACAAAGUUGUUUCAGGCGUUCAUUUGUGAGCCCUGCCUAUGGAAUAUGAUAACACACCAUCUAUUCUCAAUGGAGGACUUAACUGAAGUUUUUGAUGUGCCCUGAUUAUGAACAUUCAUCUGGGCAUGGUUACUCUCUUAACACCUGUGGAGAAGAAAUGGUGAAUGCUAUACUUGUGUACCGCAUAGAUGUACACCUAUGCAGGCUGUGCAUUUUUAUGCACUUCCCUGUAUGGUUAUUAGUGGGAGUUGUGGUUUAUUUUGUGAAUGGCUAAGUAGCCUUCAAACUGAGCCAACUAUUUGAACUGUUAGCCAAACUACUACCAGUAAAGUGUUUCCAGUUAGGUGCUAAAUGACCUGAAGAUGGUUCCUUUCUUUGUUUGGGCUUUCUUCCCUUCAGUUCUUGAUUGAAAGAAACUUUGUUUUUGACCUGGCCCAUUAACAAACUGUUUUUGGAGGUUUGGU